AUGAGAAGAAUUAGAGUUAUGGGUUGUACUAGUAAAACAGCUGUUUAUAAUACACUUAAAUGUGUUCAUCAAACUGGUUCUUCCACACCAAAAAAACAAACUGGCUGCCCACCACUCCUUAAUACACCAUCUCAACAAGAGCUUAAAGCUUUUGUUUAA